GAAAUUAAUAAAACUGAGUUUAUUCUUUAAUUUUUAUUAAAACAUAAUUUUUUGAGUUCCAAUUAUGUAAUUUAACAAGUGACCACGCUGUAGAAAAUAUGCCAACUGAAGUCACUGUUCAGAAUUUGUAUAUUUUUAAUUCAGGAUUAUCAAAAACAGAAGAAGAUGGAGCUAAUAAAAUAUUAUUUUAUUAUCCACCACAUGAGGAUGAAAAUAAAAAAGUACUCAAUAUUGGUCACAUUGAAGCUAUAAUUUGUUUUACACGGAAUUUUAAUAGCACUGAAUCAUGUGAAUCUUUACGCACUGAUAAAACAUUGCAAGUGUUAUACAAUCCAGAGCCAGAUUUUUGGAUGGUUAUUACUGUAUCAGCAGCAUGUAAAUCUAAAUCAAAGUCCCCAGAAUCUCCCGAUGAACCGGUUUAUUGUACAUAUAAUCUUCAAGAACCAAUUUAUUUGGCUGUCUUAAAACAUUGGUAUCAGACAUUUCAAAUGACUGUGGGUAAUAUGACUAAAAUAAUGAAUGAUAAUGAUCCAGAUUAUCUUAGACUUAUGCUUAAUAAAUUUUAUAACAAGUAUUUGUUAAGUGUUGAUUUAUCGAGUCAUACAUUUAUGGAUAUGUUUCAAGGCAUUAGUUUUCUACCUCUAGACAAUGUUAUUCAUUUGUAUGCCCAGAGUUUUUUAAAUUCUAUUGAAAAUACAUUUCAACAAGUUAAUUUUACUAUGUUACUCUAUAAUGAUUCAUUGGUUUGGAGUGGUCUUAGUAAACGUCAAACUCAACUUGUAUAUUCCUAUAUUUUAAUGUGGGUUUUACCUGAAAUGGUACGAGAUGAAAAUAUAGUCAAAGGAAAUUCAUUGCAACAGUGUUUGCCAAAUCAAUUAGUUGGAAGAUUUAUAUCAAAUGUAUGGGCAGUAAAAACAGAUGAUUGGAGUUGUGACCUAGGAAAAGUUCCAGUCAUAUUGUUAAAUGAUGAAAAUGAUGAAACAUUUAAAAGCUAUAGACUAGUCAUAUAUAAAGCUCAUAAAUCAAUUGUAUGUAUGUUUAUUGAGACGGAUUAUCCACUGACAGCAGAAUUAUACAAUAAUUUAGACCAGUUUCUGGGAACCAAAUUACAUUUACUAUCAGAAAAGAUGAAGAUUACGGUUGAAAAAGCCUUAGCUUCUAAAUUAUAUGCUGAAAGACCUGCUAAAUUUGUAUACUUUAAUUCUAUGAAUUUAGCUAUUAAAAACUCAAUUAAGACUUCAAACACAAUAGCAACAACUAAUAAACCUUCUGAUUUUAAUAUCAGUCCUGAAUCAUUAAGAGUUCUAGUGGAUAUAAGUUAUCAACAUUCUUGCGGAAAUUCAGAACCUUUGUGCACAGGAACUUGGGACAAUAUUUUUUUAUGAUUAGUUAAUUGUACAAUAAGUAGUAAUUUGAUAACCCCAAGUUGUAAACUAUAUGAUUUUAACUAGAACAAUUUUUAUUUCUUUUUAUCAAAUACAUAUUUAUUAUUGUUUAAUUAACUUAUAUGAAAAUGUUAAUUAUAUCAUUGUUUUAUAGUUUUUUUUUAUUGUUUUACUUUGUUAACACAUGAAGUA